AUUGCCGUUGAGCUCACACAUGUAAUAGCAAGCGUGUUACGCAGGCAACUAUAAUUAUACUUUCAAUUGUUUGCUCACUGUCAGAUUAGAAAGCCAAUGACAUACUUCAGAUGGUAUGUGUUAUUCCAUAAUAAGGUUUGCUUCACACUCAGUAUCUAGGCAAAAUGUUUUAGUCAUCUAGACUGAAUAGAAAUAGUACUGUAUAAUGAUAAGCCAUUAGCAACAUAACCCACAUUUCUGCAGUAGGAGCUGGGUACGGGCCGUUACAGAAAAUACAGCAUAUAUUGUUUGGGUUUUAAAGGGAACAUGUGCCCGGUAUUAUCACACAUUUCUUAAAACAAGAUGCUUUACAGAACAUAUUUCGUGCCUUAAUGAAACUUGAUGCAAUGUAAAAGAAAUCCACAGUUGAAAGUUGGAAUAGCUAAAAUAACUUCUUUGAUUUUCAAGUUCACAUAUUGUGCAGACAGAUUUGUUUUCUGCAAUUUAUUAAACACACACACACACACACACAUUAUGGAUUGGGGAUUACCAGUUGUGGUUUUGUCUUAAGGGAUAAACCAAAGCGAUAAAGCCUCUCUGUAACCAGCUUCUCUGAGUUAAGACACAAGAAAAGGGCAGAAAGGGAAAGGCAAGAGGACGGGUAACUUGUGGAGGUCCAUCACUUCUCAGAAGUUGUAAAAGCAAGCACUAACUCCUCCAGCUCACCAAAACUACUUUUAACCCUGGAAUCAGCAUGGACACACAGACCAUUUACAACCUCUUAGGGGAAAAUGCUUGGUGGUACAUCAGUGCUACCUUCGUGGUGUUGUGGAUUUGUGUGUGGCUGUACAGAGACAGCCUGGAGAUUGAGGAAAUCACCGACAAGUAUGUGUUUGUGACGGGCUGCGACUCCGGGUUUGGAAACUUGCUGUGCAAGAGGCUCGAUCGAAAAGGCUUCCGUGUGCUGGCUGGUUGUCUCACAGAAAAGGGGGCUGAUGAUCUGAAGAGAGUGGCAGGCCCUUAUUUGAAAACGGUCCUGCUGGAUGUGACCAGUCUGGACAGUGUCCAGAAAGCAAUGGAGUUCACCAAGAAGGAGGUUGGCGAUAAGGGACUUUGGGGUAUUGUGAACAAUGCUGGACGCUCUUUACCAAUGGGUCCUUCAGAGUGGAUGAAAGUGGAGGAUUACCACAGUACACUUAAAGUCAACAUGAAUGGAGUGAUUGCCAUGUCGAUGACUUUCCUACCACUCAUUAAAAAGGCUCGCGGCCGUAUAGUAAAUGUGGCAUCAGUGCUGGGGAGAGUGGCUGCAAACGGAGGUGGAUACUGCAUCUCUAAGUUUGCCGUGGAGUCUUUCUCUGACUGUCUCAGGAGAGAUAUAAACUACUUUGGAAUCAAUGUCUGCAUCAUUGAGCCGGGGUUCUUCAAGACUGCGGUGACGAGCCUCGACCCCCUCGAGAGGGAGCUGCAUCGCUUGUGGAAUCAGCUCAGCCCUGAAGUCCAAGCCAGUUACGGAGACAAGUACCUAGAUAAGUACAUCAAGGUCCAGCGUUUGAUCAUGAAUGCCAUUUGUGACUCUGACCUCACAAAGGUGACCAGCUGCAUGGAGCAUGCUCUGACAGCUGCCUACCCACGCACCAGAUACAGCGCUGGCUGGGAUGCCAAGCUUCUCUGGAUCCCCCUCUCUUAUAUGCCUUCGUGUGUUGUUGAUAUUGGGCUGAAGCUGGUUCUGCCUCGUCCCUCAAAGAGCGUCUAAAUGUGAUGACUUUGAAGAUGUGUCGAAGAUAUGAGCCUUUUAGUGUCAUUUUGAUACGUUUUCAGGCUUAUUUAUUAUUAUUUUUAACCUUCUUAGUGAUUCCUUUUUGGCAGUGUAAAAGAAAAUAAUAAUUAAUUGCACUGUAAAAUUAACUGUAAAGAUAUUUGUCUUUUAACACCAGUGGUUAUAUCUGUUUUUUUUUUUUUUUUAAAUAUAACAUUGGUCAAUGAUGGGAAUCCACCCACACAAUUUUAAACUGUGACUUGUGUUUAAAAUGUGGCACAGAGAUUAUACUAAAGAUUUGAAUGACUUGUGA